AACAUGUCUAUUCUGUCUUCGUCUUUGGUAAGCAAGCAAGGCAGCUUGUCAUAGGAAGUGCGUGGUAGGUGGCUUGUGGAACUUCAUCGUGGCAGUGACUGCGCAGUCACUCUCACCUGACUUGGGCGGCAAGUUGGCCUCGUUUCUUCUCCUCCGCCUUUUGUCUUUCUCGUUCCUGUACUUCCCAACUACUCUUUUGAUUACUGCCAUCUGGGACUCUUGGAAACCAACAGCAAAUUUGUUUGCUGCUUUCUUCCACUAUGUCUUUCCAAAAUGAGAAGAAGGGAGCCGCCCAUGACUCUGAGGAUGGGAACCCGUUGGGUUUGGGCGAGGUAGAUGUUGCGCUGCUCGACGCGCAGGUGGACAUACCAAAAACCGACGCUGGAUACAAGGCGAUUUAUCGUUUUGCAAACAGGACAGAUUUUGUGGUGAUGGGGCUUUCUUGUAUCUCUGCGGCAGCGGCAGGGACCAGUCUGCCUCUGAUGACAGUCGUCUUUGGCUCCUUGACGGGCGAAUUCACCGAUUUCACCCCCUCCGAUAUAGACUCCUUUCUCAAUAGCAUCCACACGUUACUUCUCUACUUUGUCUACAUAGGAGUUGUAUGCGUCGUCUGCACCAGUCUCUGUGUCCUGGGCUUCACCUGGACGGGCCAGCGCAUCUCCAAGCGCUUGAGAGCGGCAUACCUAAAUGCCAUUCUGCAGCAGAACAUCGGCUUCUUCGAUUCCAUCGGCGCUGGCGAGGUGGCGACCCGUAUCACGGCCGAUAUGAAGCUCAUCCAGGACGGUGUCUCGCAAAAGGUCUGCCUGACCAUUGUUGGGCUGAGCUCGUUCGUGGCCGCCGAGGUCAUCGCCUUUGUCAUCUCGUGGCGGCUUGCACUCGUCAUGCUGAGCGUUCCCGUCGUCAUUAUGGUGUGGAUGGGUGCCGUUGGGAAAAGGAUGAAGACGGCCCAGCUGGGUGCCAUCGAUGCAUACGCCUCCAGCGCCACCUUCGCCGAGGAGGCUAUCUCAUCAGUGCGCGAUGUCAUGGCCUACGGCACGCGGCAUCGCUUUACCGAAAAGUACGACAAAUCGCUGGAGGGUGCAAUGGGCUUGGACUUCAAGGCUAAGGCGAUCUUGAGCGUCUUCAUUGGCGGUCUCAUGUGGGCGAUGCUUGCGUCUUUUGCUCUCUGCUGCUGGGUUGGUGGGCGCUUUAUGUCCGCUGGCGACGUCACAGUCUCCCAGGUCGUUACCGUCCUCCUCGCUUCUGUCACUGCUUCCAUCACCUUUGGCAGCGUUGCCCCUAAUAUCCAGGCCUUCGGUGCAGCUAGUGGAGCUGCCCAUCGAUUGUUCGCUAUCAUGGAGCGGAAGUCACCUAUUCCCCUAGAGUCAGGACAACAGCCUGAUACACCUGUCGUCGGCCAUGUCAGGUUCCAAGACGUCAGUCUCGUUUAUCCGUCUAGGAGAGGCCAGUUCGUACUCGAAAACUUCAAUCUGGAAAUCCCUGCGGGUAAAACCACGGCUGUGGUAGGACCGAGUGGGUCGGGGAAGUCGAGUAUCUUUUCCUUAUUGGAGCGUCUGUACUCUCCACUGCGCGGUCAGAUAUUCAUUGAUGGCUACGACAUUACAAGCUUGAGCCUGCCGUGGCUGAGAUCCCAGAUAAGGAUGGUGUCCCAAGAGUCUUUUGUGUUCAACACCACUGUGUUUGAGAAUAUUGCUUAUGGCCUGGCGGGGACUCAUCUUGAGAGCGCUGAUCAUGGCACAAGAAUUGACCUGGUCAAGCAAGCUGCUAAGAUUGCAAACGCGCAUACUUUCAUUAUGGACCUUCCACAGGGAUAUGACACAGUCCUGGGAGAAGGUGGUAACCUCCUGAGUGGUGGUCAACGACAGAGGAUUGGCAUUGCCCGAGCUAUCGUUUCGAACCCGACGGUACUGCUUCUCGACGAAGCCACGGCAGCCUUGGAUUCAGAGUCGGAGAGCGUGAUUCAGAAAGCUCUACACGCAGCCUCGCGGGGACGCACGACGAUUACCGUUGCCCACCGGCUUUCGACCAUCAAGAAUGCCGACAUGAUUGUGGUCUUGGAACACGGCAAAAUUGCAGAGCUGGGCACACAUGACGAUCUACUAGAGAAGGGAGGCACGUAUGCCUCGCUCGUCUCUGCCCAAAAACUCGAUGCCGGCCUGACGAGGCCGAGCGUUGAGUCCAUGUCCACCGUGUGCGAGGAUGACGCUCAAACUAGUAACCAAGAAGCGUGGCUCGCCAAGGUGGACAGCAUAGCUUCGGCGGCGCAUAAGCAGCAACCUGGACCCAAAACCGAAACCACGUCACGAUUUACCUUGGUCAAGUUUCUCUGGGGGCUCAACCAGCCAGAGCGGAAUCGCAUGCUCCUUGGAUUCAUUGGUAGCUUUUUCAGCGGCCUGGCCUAUCCCUUCACAGCCAUCUUCUUUGGCAACACCGUCCUCGCCCUCCACGACCCUUCCGAGACUCUAGGAGGCCUGGGCGUCGGUUUCUGGACCGGAAUGCAGCUCCUGCUCGCCUGUGUCGUCUUCAUAGCCUAUCUCGUACAGGGCAUCCCCUUUGCCUUUGCUUCUUCCAGGCUGGUCUCACGGGCGAGAGCCGUCGCAUUUGCCGCCAUUCUGCGCCAAGACAUGACCUUUUUCGCCAAAAAUGAUUCAGGAGCGCUCACCGCGUUUCUAUCGCUACAGGCAAACCACCUCAAUGGUCUUAGUGGCUCGAUUCUCGGUGCUGUUCUGGACGCCCUCUUCGCCGUUAUAGCCGGCUUUGCGGUCGCUGUCUCGUUCGGCUGGAAGCUCGGCCUUAUAGCGGCAAGCUUGAUGCCCCUGACCAUCAUAACGGGCUAUUUACGGUACCGCCUCCUUGCGGAUUUUGAGAAGAAGAUUCUUGGAGACACCGAGGCAACGAGCAUUGUGCUCGAGGCCGUUCGUGGUAUCCGCACCGUCACGGCCUUUGGGCUACAACCGACCGUCAACUCCAGGUACAAGGCUCAGCUGGAAAAGGAACACCACUCGGGCGUUCUCUGGGACGUCGGGAUGGCUGUGCUUUAUGGCCUGAGCCAGUCCAUCGUGAUCCUCAGCAGCGCUCUCCUCUUCUGGUACGGCGGAACCCACCUGAUCGUCACGGGCGAGUACAGCGUUCGCGAGUUUCUGAUCUGCUACAUCGCCACUGUCUACAGUGCCCAGGCUGCCGGGAGCAUCUUCUCACACGCGCCUGACGUGGCUGGUGCACAGGAGGCUGCGACUCGGCUCAAGGCCCUUGUGGAGACAGUGCCGAUUAUAGACCCUGAGUCAGAGGCUGGCAGCGGCGCGGAGAAUAUAGUCGGGAACGUGGAGCUGUAUGGUGUGGACUUUGCCUACCCAACGCAGGCCCAUCCGGCGUUGAGGCAUGUGAGUCUUCGUGCAGACUUCGGGAGGUUCAUCGCCUUGGUCGGCGCGAGCGGCAGCGGCAAGUCAUCGGUGCUCGCCCUGCUGGAGAGGUUCUAUGAUCCGCGUGCUGGGCACGUCUUGGCUGACGGCAAGGACUUGCACCGGUAUAACCUACAGUCCUACAGAAAACAGGUUGCCGUCGUUGCUCAAGAGUCCACUUUGUACAGCGGCACGGUGAGGGAGAACAUUACCAGUGAUGUGGACGCCGAUGACUUUGCCAUCUGGAAUGCUUGUCAUCAGGCAAACAUUUGGGAAUUUGUUCAAUCCUUACCCGACGGGCUCAGUACACUUGUUGGCCCACGAGGUAGCCAAGUGUCUGGAGGUCAAAAGCAGCGCCUAGCCAUUGCAAAAGCUCUGCUUCGUAACCCAAAGAUUCUCCUCCUUGACGAAGCAACCUCAGCCCUCGAUUCAAAAUCGGAGGCGACCGUGCAGAGGGCACUCGACGCGGCGGCACAGGGCCGAACAACCAUCGCUGUAGCUCAUCGGCUGAGCUCCAUUGCUCACGCAGACUGUAUCUUCGUGUUUGAGAGCGGGAGUGUCGUCGAGUAUGGUGAUCAUCAGUCGUUGAUGGCGAGGAGGGGCAGGUAUUGGGAAUAUGUACAAUUGCAGAACCUCAACAAAUGAGUGUCUCGUUCGGUUGCAAAUUCUGCAUGCAUCCCUCAGUCAGUCAGAGAUUUUACAAAAGAGCUUCAUUUAAUGUUUCAUCUUGUACAACUUAGCUUGUUCGUCUUGUUUGAGUAAUAGACACUUGGCCUCGUGUCCGGCUCAGGAGCGCAGCAAUUCAACAUCUCAGCUCGCCUGGCCAGCUUCAUCCCCAGCUUCCAGGCUGGUCCCAUGCUUGUUAGUACGGAGCUUCUCACGUAAUGAAAUGCAAUAUACAGUACUAAAAAAAAAAAAAAAAGAUAGAGUCAGAGUCUGAAGAUGGCGUGUCGGGUAGACGAUAUUGAUUGGUGUAAUUAGUGGUGCACACAU